AUGGAAAACUACACAAACAGCCUCACUCUGCAGAUUGAGGGGCUGAGGGUCACCAAAACCAGCAAGUACCCCGUCUUCUUUGCCAUCCUCUUCACUUACAUCUUCAUCAUGAUCACCAACAUGGGUAUUGUGGUUUUGAUUUGGGCAGAGAAAACCCUCCACCAGCCAAUGUACCUUCUCUUUUGCAACCUGUCGGUAAAUGAUGUGAUUGGAAAUUCCUUAAUGCUGCCCCGGCUGCUGGUGGAUAUCACCUUGCCUCCAUCUGAGCGCCUCAUCCACUACUAUGAGUGCGUGGCCCAAGCUUUUACCGGACACAUGUUUGGCACUAACGCCCACACCGUGCUCAUGAUCAUGGCCUUCGACCGAUACGUGGCCAUCUGCAAUCCUCUGCGGUAUGCCACCAUCAUGACGGACAAGAUGGUGUUGAAACUAACGGUGUCUGCGUGGGGGUCGGCCUUGGUCUUGGUUGGGAUUCUGCUCGGUCUGACCAUACGCCUGACUCGAUGCCGCUCUCUGAUCUCUAAUCCGUUCUGUGACAACGCCUCUCUGUUCAAACUUUCCUGUGAGAGCGUGGUCAUCAACAACAUCUAUGGCCUAACCUACACCGUGGUGCUGCUCUCGUCCUCAACCGGCAGCGUAAUUCUCACCUACUCUAAAAUCACUGCAGCCUGCCUGAUCAGCAAGAGCAAGUCUUUGAACAGUAAAGCCCUGAAGACCUGCAGCACUCACCUCUGUCUAUAUUUGAUCAUGCUGAUCAGUGGCCUGAUCCCUAUCAUCCUGCACCGUUACCCCGAGUACACGGAGUCCAGAAAGAUCUCAGCCAUCCUCUUUAAUGUCGUCCCUGGAAGCCUCAAUCCGGUCAUCUACGGACUGCAGUCUCAGGAAAUCAGCAAGUGUUUGUCCAACAUAUUCAGACGUAAGAAAGUCAAACCGGCAUUUUAA